CCUCCAGUCAAUUGAAUUGAACUUUGACUCCCGCAAUAAGGCGGCGGGGUAGUUGACUUUCGACUAUUCAGCAACACUACAGUUAACGACAAUGGAGCACAAUUUUGAACCUCUCAAGAACGACCUGUUGCUGCGGGCGGCAUGGGGUCAGAAAGUUGAGCGUCCUCCCAUGUGGGUGAUGCGACAGGCCGGACGAUACCUCCCCGAGUACCAUGAGGCCAAGGGCAAGCGCGACUUCUUCGAGUGCUGCCGCGACCCCGAGGUCGCCUCGACGAUCACCUUGCAGCCCGUCGAGCGAUACACCGGACUCCUCGAUGCCGCCAUCAUCUUUUCCGACAUCCUCGUCAUCCCGCAGGCCAUGGGCAUGGUCGUCGAGAUGGUGGACAAGAAGGGCCCGCACUUCCCGAGCCCGCUCAAGACACCCGACGACGGGCAAUACGGUCAGGUGCUCGCGCGUGACGUCGACGUCGCCGCUGAACUGGGCUAUGUCUACGACGCCAUUACCCUGACGCGCAAGAAGCUUGCUGGCCAGGUCCCCCUGAUUGGCUUCUGUGGCGCGCCCUGGACUCUCUUCUGUUACAUGGUCGAGGGCGGCGGCACUAAGCUGUUUGCGCAAGUCAAGACUUGGAUCUACAAGUAUCCCGAGGAGUCCAAGAAGUUGCUGAGCAAGAUUGCCGACAUCUGCGUGGACCACUUGGCGCUGCAGGUCAAGGCCGGAGCACAGCUGGUGAUGGUCUUUGAUUCCUGGGCCGGGGAGCUGGGCCCCUCGUCGUACCGUCAAUUCUCGGAGCCUUACCUGGCGCAUAUUGCCGACAAGCUGCCCGCUAAGUUGCAGAGCCUCGGCUUGGAGCGUGUGCCCAUGACCGUGUUCCCCAAGGGUGCCUGGUAUGCGCUCGACUCUGCUUGCAACCUGGGCUACAACGUGGUGGGGUUGGACUGGCUGCAUGAUGCCAAGGACGCCGUCAAGAUCCGAGGCGACCGCAAUAUUGUGCUCCAGGGUAACGCCGACCCCGGCGUUUUGUACGGCACCAAGGAGGGCAUCACGGCUGCGGUGCAGGAGAUGGUUGAUGGAUUCUGGGUGGGCAACAAGGGAUGGAUCGCCAAUCUUGGCCAUGGAAUCACCCCUGGUGUUCAUCCAGACAACCUCAAGCACUUUUUCGAGGAGGUCCACCGGCUGACGAAGAACUAAGCGGGUCAUGCAUGAGCAAUUGAGAGCAGGGGAGGAAAGAAGGUAGGAAGAGGCUCUGCUAUCAGACGAUGGAGUGACGUCCUGUCGCCUUAUCUGAUAUACUGCUAUGUUGGGUUGGGAACCAAUCACACAUCACCGGGCAAGAUAAACAAAAGAGGGGUUCAAGAAUAUAUAAAUGCCGUCGUGUAAUAGUAUAGA